AUACUACUCCUGUCUGAGGUGUUUUUUCUUGUUCUUGUUUCUUACCUUCAAAAUAUCAAAUACUACUACUAAUCAUACAACCAAUAAUCAAUCAAUCAAUCAAAUCAAAUCAAAAUGAAAUGGGGCGUAGACUUCCACUCAGAAUUAAGAUGACAUUAUUAAAAUAGUACUUCAUGAUGCUGCAUUAUUAUCAUAGAAGAAGAAAAACCUUACUACACAGCCAAAGCCACCUAUGUUCUUCUAUUAUUUAACUGCUUCCUGCCCUGCCAAAUGAAACUUCCCUUUUGGCAAAUGAACAAAAACAAAGUAGAAUAAUUUACUAACUAAACAAAGUAAAAGGGUUAUCAUCAACUGAUUCAGGUCAAUUCUAAUGGCUGCAACUGCUGCUCUUCUCAAUCCUAUAGUGAUCAAGAAACCUGCUUUUUUAUCUGCUAACUUCAGUAUUAGGCCAUCAUUAACGUCUAGCAGGAGGAAGAGGAAAGUGGUGAUCAUGAUGAUGGGUAAUUGUAAUUCAGAUCAUCAAAUCUCAGUCAGCACUAGUACACUCCAGAUCAGAUUACCUUCCACCAGGAACAAGGUUUUUGAGGAUGCAUCCAAGGGAAUUGUUUGUUAUAGAGAUGAAAAUGGGGAGAUUACUUGUGAAGGGAUUGAUGAAGGCCCUCGUUUCUGCCAUUCUUCUUCAGCGUCAAUUUCUAACAAUAAUACGAUCCAGAGGUACACUAAACUAAACAUCAUCCAUCUUCUGCUUAUGUGCAUAUAAUAGUGAGUUAUUAUGAAUUAAUGUUCAUCGUCAUCAGCUAGCAAACAUUUUAAAGAGGAUGGUUAUUUACAUUCAGGGAAGCCGACAUCAUGGACCUUCUUAGAAGAAGUUCGAUUCAGAUGAUGAUGGAAGACUUCAGAUUUAUUAAUUAGUAGGUGGCAGAGCUUGAGAAAUGGCGCAAUGAUGCGGUCAUAACACCUUUACUACUGUCUGAGAUCGGAAGUUCAAACCUUGCCAACUCCACAAAUGCAAAACCUUGCCAAGGAUUUAUCCUGCUUCACAAUGCUGCUGGAUUGCUGCCAUACACAAUAUAAGAAUCCUCAACUGCAAUUUCUAUGUUUACCACUCUGUAUCUGCUGCAAAAGAAAAACGUGUAAAUUAAAAGGUUUUAAAUUUAUUUAUAUCAGAUGCCCAGUUGCCAUCUUCCUCUGCCGUCUGCAAUUAAGUUUUCUUUUAUCCUUUAGGUACUUACUAUGCAGUGCGACUAUUAAAUAAUGAUGCUUUGCAUAUACCAUCUCGGAUGUCCUACCGGAAAUAAAAAGGAAAAAAAGUAAAAAAGCCACAAAUUCGCAGCAACACAGAAGUUUAACCGAG